AUGGUCCCUGUCGCCCGCCCAAGCGCAUCCCUCCAACGUCACCGCGCUCCCAGGGAAACCGAACACGUCCACCACCCGACCUCCAACGACGCUCGAGCUCCGCGCGUUCCACCCACCACCACCACCGCCAACAAAAGUCUCGCAACUCGCCCCAGCGACCUCCGCCUGCCCUCCGACUCCUCACCAAACAACCCUCACACAAGCGCCAAAAUGACCGCCCUCUUCAACUUCCAAUCGCUCCUCCUCGUCAUCCUCCUCCUCAUCUGCACGAGCACCUACGUGCACGCCGUCGCGCCCGGCAUCAUGGACCGCAACAAGGACGGUGUGUUCGGAAUAUUUUGGAAAUUCGCGCGGGUAGGCGAACGGCUGAGUCCGUAUGUCAGCAUAUGCUGCAUCGUGAUGGCGGCUUCUCUCUUCGUCGGCCAGUAG